AUGAAAUUCGCAGUCACAGUAUUGGCAUCAAUCCUGUUUGCUUGCUCAGUCACGGUCGCCAAUCCAGUCGACCCCAGUGCGACUACAAGUGCUGGAGCUAGCACUUCAACCAUCAUUUCCACUGCAACUACAAGUACUGAAUCUGAGUAUCGGAUAAUUUCUUAUGAAGAAGCUACAAAUCUAGUUGAUCUCAGUCAACUUUUAGAGAGUGAUGCGAGAUUGAUUAAAGGAUACCUACAAACGGAUCGAAAAUAUCAAGAGAUGAAGAAAGCGUAUGUCUUGACCAAAUUUGAAGAGCUUGAUCAAAAAAAAAUGAUGGAACGGCUAAAUGAAGAACAUUUGGAGCCGGCAGAUAAAUCUCGGCAAAGCAAGGAUGAUCCAGUGUAUAAAGAGUUUCAAAAUUCAGAACAGAAGCUUAAAGAGAGCGAGAAACUCGAAAGGCUUCGAGAAAAGCGUCUGAAACUCGGUCAUGAUCUUUUUGAUUUUAAGUUGGAAUCGGAUUUUGACAGAAAAAAGCUUGCAAAGCGUCUGUUCCAGAAUGGUCCGAGUACAGAAUCACUUUAUUCUUAUACGAAAUUUAUAGUAUCAAAUCCCAGUUUUGUUGAAAACAUAUACAAAUCUCUCACUCUCCAACUAAACCAGCAGUCAGAAUCGGAGUAA